GCAGAUGGUGGAGGAGGAAUGUCUGCUGAAGAAGAUGGAGAUCGGCGUGUCGGAGGCGGAGAAGCGCACGGGGAAGAACGCGGUGAACAUGCAGGAAACCUACACGGCGUAUCUGAUAGAGACCAGGUCUUUGGAGAACCCCUCCGAUGGGCAGAAUUCACUGGAGUCUCUCUGGAGGCGGUACAGCGAGUUUGAACUGCUGAGGAAUUACCUGUGCGUCACUUACCCCUUUGUGGUGGUCCCUCCUCUGCCGGAGAAAAGGGCAGAAUUUGUGUUGGCACAAACUGUCCGCUGAUAACAUGGAUCCUGACUUUGUGGAGAGGAGAAGAAUCGGCCUGGAGAACUUCCUGCUGCGUGUGGCGGCUCAUCCCGUCCUCUUCCAAGAUAAAGUCCUCACCACCUUCCUCACCCAGGAGAAUGGCUGGAAGGAGGCUGCAAAUGAUGCCGCAUUACAAAUGAAGAUCUCCUGCGAGUCUUGGCGGUGAGUGUCUUCGGGAUGUAGAACCGCUCUGGGAUUCCUCUACAGCGGCUGUGCAAAACUGAGGAGAGGGAUGCCGUUCAGAUCUACAUGUAAUAGAAUGUUUGGCUUUCUUUCAGAGGGUGGCAGACCGACUUUAUGGUGUUUAUAAAGUACAUGGCAAUUACGGCAGAGUGUUUAGUGAGUGGAGUGCCAUAGAAAAAGGAGAUGGGGGAUGGACUGCAGAGCGCCGGACAUCACAUGGAUGUAUACGCAGCUUCCAUCGAUGACAUCCUGGAGGAGCAGGAACACUACGCCGACCAACUGAAAGAAUAUUUAUUUUACGCUGAAGCUCUGAGGUCCGUGUGCCGGAAACAUGAACUCAUGCAGUACGACCUGGAGAUGUCCGCCCUGGACCUGGCCAGUAAGAAGCAGCAGUGUGAGGAGCUCUCCACCGGGACAGUGCGAACGUUCUCCCUGAAGGGGGUCACCAACAAGCUGUUCGGUCAGGAGACGCCGGAGCAGAGGGAGGCCAAGAUAAAACUGCUGGAGGAGCAGAUAGAGGAGGGCGAGGAGCAGCUCAAGGAACAGAACCUGGAGAGCUGUGAUUUUGUACAGAAAUCCUGGCAGGAAAUCGAACGUUUUAAAGAACAGAAAAAUCGUGACCUGAAGGAGGCGCUUAUUAACUAUGCGGUUAUGCAGAUCAGCAUGUGUAAGAAGGGGAUCCAGGUCUGGGGCAAUGCGAAGGAAUGCUUCAGCAAGAUGUGA